CAUAUAGUUUCCUAACUUAAAAGAUUUUAAUAUCUAUUUGACAAUCAAGACAGAAAUUAAUGUACUUCCUUUGUUUACGACUCUCCACAUGCUAGUGGCGAAAGCGUGCGGAGUAUUGCCAUGAGUAGAGAGUUCUGCGGCUGUCUGCCACCUGUAGCCCAUUUCGAUAGCCAAUGGUCGAAAGUUGAAAGUCCUUAUCCCUUUCUAGUCUCUGCCAGCGCGAAAUACAUUUCAUGAAUUAAAAUCUUUUGGAGAUAAAUGCAUUCUUGUUGUUCCCUGAUUUUAUCUGAUAAUCAUACUGAUAAUACUCAUCAUGUGUUUAGUACCAAUAGUUCUGUUAUUUUGUUCAUAGCAGUGGAAGAAAUAUUAAGAAAAUGAAGUUGCUUAUCUUUAUCCUCAUUUGUUCUCCUUUGAAUGUGGUGAGCCUAGAUAAUGGAUUGGCUUUAACUCCACCAAUGGGAUGGCUUUCAUGGUUACGAUUUGUUUGUAACAUUGACUGCAAAGAAGAUCCUUUAAAUUGCAUAAGUGAAAAAUUGUACAUGGAUAUGGCUGAUGAGAUGGUUGCAGAAGGGUUUAAAGAUGCAGGAUAUGAAUAUGUCAAUGUAGAUGAUUGCUGGAUGGCUAAAGAAAGAGAUAGUUCUGGUAAACUAGUUCCCAAUUCUGAAAGAUUUCCUAGUGGAAUAAAAGCUUUAGCUGAUUAUGUACAUGCUAAAGGCUUAAAACUUGGAAUCUAUACUGACUGUGGCACUAAAACUUGUGCUGGUUAUCCAGGAAGCUUCAACAAUUAUGAAAUUGAUGCUCAAACUUUUGCUGAAUGGGGGAUAGAUAUGUUGAAAGUUGAUGGUUGUUAUGCAAAUCCUAAAGAUAUGGACGCUUUAUAUCCAUCUAUAACAAGUGCUCUGAAUAAUACUGGACGUCCUAUCGUAUUUUCUUGUAGCUGGCCUGCAUAUCAAGUUGAUACGGGAAUGGAUCCUGAUUAUUCUUCCAUUGCAAAACAUUGUAAUCUUUGGCGAAAUUACAACGACAUUGAAGAUUCUUGGGCAAGUGUUUUAUCUAUUAUAGAUUUCUAUGCUGCUCAUCAAGAUGAAUUAAUUGCAGCUGCUGGACCUGGUCAUUGGAAUGAUCCAGAUAUGAUUAUAGGUGGCAACUUUGGCUUGAGUUAUGAAGAAGCACGAUCUCAGCUUGCAUUAUGGGCGAUCAUGGCUAGUCCUUUGUUAAUGUCGAAUGAUUUGCGAAGUUUAAAGCCUGAGUUCAAAGAAUUACUUUUGAAUAAAGAUAUACUUUCUAUUAAUCAGGAUACCCUUGGAUUAAUGGGAAAACGUAUAUAUAAUGUAAACAAUGUUGAAAUUUGGACCAGACCAAUUAAUCCCAUUGGCACAAGUGUUUCCUACUCAUAUGCUGUUGUGUUUUUCAAUCGUCGAACAUUAGGUGGACCAGUGAAACUUAGUGUAAACUUGGCCUCAAUUGGACUGAAAAAUGUACACUGUUAUGAAAUACGUUUUGUAUUCAGCAAUGACAUUAAUGAAAAACUCUGUCCAUCAGAUAAUGUAACUUCAAGUGUUAAUCCUUCAGGUGUGAACAUGCUGAUUGCUAAGAGCUUAUAGUCAUAUCCCCAAAUAGUAUGCAUGUAAUAUCUGCCAACAUGAUUGAUAUUUUUUGUUGUUAGAAUCAUGAUUUUGCUGAUUAUUUUUCAACUUUUUAUUUAUGGAUUGAAGAAUAAGAAUCCAGAUUUCCUGUA